GACUUAUCUCCGCGACAUACCCGCCUGGAUGAAGGCUUCCCGAAAUCCAAAACACCAACCAUAUGUGGAUGAGGCAAAAGUGAAACUGACCGUCUAUCGGCUUCCAAUCGUUAUCCCGAGUGUGCCAGCGACCGCGAGAAGGAUUACCUGCUUGAGACUCCGGCGCAGGAGGGAUAAAGAAUUGAGUAGCGACCAUCCCCCCACCAGGCUCCGUCAUCAAGCACGUCCAUGAUCCUGUCUAAGCCUCCCUGCAUCGCCCUCACAACACGAACAUCCACCCCAACAAUCAAACAAUUCACAGACUUGGGGUUAAUUGUUGUUGUAACUCGACGUCUCGAUGCAUUCUGCUAUGAAUAUCCAGAAUUCCAGAAAACGAAACCGGCAGGAAGAUGAUGAUGCCACGCUGCAUGGCUUCAGCGAGCACAGGCGUAUCCUCAAGGCGCGCGACAACACUAAACGAUCCUCUAUAGCGUUGGAGUUCAUCUCCCAGAACCAGAUCACGUCUUCUCUUGCCAUCCGACCGCUAACUAACUCUCCUCCUCGUCCUCGGAGUAAUGCAAUGUCUCAACCAAGAGGGGCUGAGAUCACUCCAAACGGUUCGGAUAGCGAAGACCGCCCAAAUAUUGGAUGGAACAACCCAUACCAUACUUCGCCAGCUAUUCCGCAUCUUUACGGACAGGUCCUACCCCAAGAAAGUUCACUUUCAGACUGGCAUAACAGCCAACAAGCGGCAUCGCAAAGAUUGCAAGGAAACGAUUCCAUGGAUAUCGAUGAGGACAUGGAUGAUAGCCCACAACUAUCGCAACCUUCUCAGAUGGACCCCUCCAUUAAACAUGCCGGCCGCAUCCCAACGCCUAUUACUGGCCACUUUUCGUCCAAUGUUCGAACGAGCAAUCGCGGUUUACCAAUUCAGGAAGCUACCAGCAGGCUGAAAUAUGACCGUCGCCUUCCCAGCCCCAUCAGUGAGGAUGAAUUCAGUCACAAAAUGCCGACCAGCUUUAUGGCAGAUAUGCAGAUGGAUGUGGAAACACGAACGCCUGCAAGAGACAGCCUGAAGAGGUAUGGUUCGACCAAGCUUGGUGUCAGGAAUAUGGGGCAUGUCCCAACAGGGAUGGGCGAUGGGUUUGGGGGCAAUGCUAAAAAAUUAAGCAUGGGAUACAAGAGUGAUUGUGAAAAGUGUCAGCAGAGGGUUCCAGGCCAUUAUAUGCAUCUUGUUGCAUGAAAUACAACGGGGCAGUCGGUCAACGCUCAACGGUCUGGCUGGGUAUUUUGCGUUGACGCAUCAGUGACGGGAGCUUGCGGCUGACAAUGCCUAUACUUAUGAGGCGUUAAUGGGCUUGAGCGCUUCGGCAAAUAGGGCUAGGAAACAGCCUAGAGCAUGAAUAUUUCAGAGCGCGUAAGGUCGUUCAGGAUCAGCAUCUUUUAUGCAGAGUCACAGGGCUACCAUCUAGCCGUAGCGUCUAAGCAAUAAUACCAGUCUGCAAUGCAAUAACAAUUUUGCACGAAAGAAAGUUUCAUAAUUUAGGCAGUACAUUCUGUACAAUAGAGUAGAGCUAACAGAAGCACUCAUUUAUCACUACAGAGGUCAGUAUUUGACGUAAUCACGUGAUCGGAUUGAGGCUGGGAUCUAAAAAUAAACAGGAUCCGCAUGCAUCUGGCCGAA